CCUCCCCCGGAGGCUCGCUCCAGACUCCUUUGCGUCACCAGUUAAAUUCCAGCUGCUGGGAGCCCCCGGGCGGUAGUCGCGACGCCUUCGGUUCCUCCCAUUUCAUCUCCGUUCUAUUCUGCUCCGGGGCUUCCCCUGCACCCUCGGAGGCAGGAGGGCGCAGAAAUUGCGGCUUAUCCCGUAUCCCGGAUCCUGGCCAGCUGCAGGACAUCCCCGGAGACCAUGACUUCCUCCGAUGUGGCGCGGCACACGGUCUAUCAGUCUCUUGGAAUAAAAACAUGUUCUACCUCACAGUCAGGCAAAGAAGAAAAAAUAGAUGAUAUUCCUCGUUGUUUAACUAUUAAUGGUCAUGUUGGUUUUGAAAGUUUGCCUGAUCAGUUAGUCAACAGGUCCAUUCAACAAGGGUUUUGCUUCAACAUUCUGUGUGUGGGAGAAACUGGAAUUGGAAAAUCAACUCUGAUCGACACAUUGUUUAACACAAAUUUUGAUGAUUUUGAAUCUUCACACUUUCACCCAAAUGUCAGACUUAAAGCACAGACAUAUGAGCUCCAAGAAAGCAGUGUUAGACUGAAACUGACCGUUGUCAAUACAGUGGGAUUUGGUGACCAGAUAAAUAAAGAAGAGAGCUAUCAGCCAAUAGUUGAUUAUAUAGAUGCUCAAUUUGAGGCCUAUCUCCAAGAAGAAUUGAAGAUAAAAAGGUCCCUCUUUAACUACCAUGAUUCUCGUAUCCAUGCUUGCCUUUACUUUAUUUCACCUACGGGACAUUCCCUUAAGACACUUGAUUUGUUAACCAUGAAGAGCCUUGAUAGUAAGGUAAAUAUCAUUCCUGUAAUUGCCAAAGCAGAUACAAUCUCUAAAACUGAAUUACAGAAGUUUAAGAUCAAACUGAUGAGUGAAUUGGUCAGCAAUGGAGUCCAGAUAUACCAGUUCCCAACAGAUGAUGAAACUAUUUCUCAAAUUAACUCCUCAAUGAAUGGACAUUUGCCAUUUGCUGUUGUGGGCAGUAUGGAAGAGGUUAAACUUGGAAAUAAGAUGGUGAAAGCUCGUCAGUACCCAUGGGGCAUUGUUCAAGUGGAAAAUGAAAAUCACUGUGACUUUGUAAAACUCCGUGAAAUGCUCAUUUGCACAAAUAUGGAGGACCUGAGAGAACAAACCCACACUCGACAUUAUGAACUUUAUAGGCGAUGCAAACUGGAGGAAAUGGGUUUUAAAGAUGUAAGCCCAGAGAACAAACCGGUCAGUCUUCAGGAGGCCUAUGAAAUCAAAAGACACGAAUUUUAUGGUGAACGUCAAAGGAAAGAAGAGGAGAUGAAACAGAUGUUUGUGCAGAGAGUGAAGGAGAAAGAAGCAAUCUUGAAAGAAGCUGAGAGAGAACUGCAGGCCAAAUUUGAACAUCUUAAAAGACUUCAUCAGGAAGAAAGAAUGAAACUUGAAGAAAAGAGAAAGUAUUUGGAAGAAGAAAUAAUUGCUUUUACUAAAAAGAAAGCUGCAUCUGAGCUACUCCAAAAUCAGCCUUUAAAUGCAUCUGGUACCAGUGUGAAGAAAGAAAAGGAUCGUAAGAACUCCAGCUUUAUGUAAUACAGAAGUUCCAGAUUUAUAUAGCAAAGACGAUCACACGAGCAAACAUUAUGUUUAGAAGUAUGCUUUGAUUUUCUUUUUAUUAUGUAGUGUGUUUUUUGUUGUUGUGCUGCAACUUUUUUUUUUUUACUAAGGACACAUGUUAGAUGACCAUAGCAACUAACAGUUAUGAAAAGAUAUUUUGAAAUAGAAGGCCAAUAUAUAUGCCAUAAGUUACUGAUAAUAGUCUUUAUUGCUGCUACUUCGAAAUGCACUUAAGCUGUCUCUUUGUAUUGCCAAAUUAUUGACCCUUUGCAAAUGCAUUGUACCAAAGAUAAGACUCAAUGCUGUUUAAAAUACAGCACUCUGUCACAGUACAAAGGCUGUAUUGCAUGUAAUUGCAUAUUCAAAUGAAUAUGUACAAGAAUCAUUCUUUAAAAAAAACAAAAACCAAUCAUUUUUAUUAUUUUAACAUACUAAAUACCAUUAAUUUUUAGAGCUUUAAAGUAAUACCUUGCCUCUUACUAGUUAUAGAUGAUUGGUAAGGACUUUUUAUAGCUGAAUCAUCCAAUUAUGGAAUAUGAUUACAAGCUUUUCUAUCUUGACUUGCCAUGCUGAUGAAUGAAUAUGUGAGGAAAAAAUGCCUAAGUUUGGCACCCUCUUUUCUAGUGAUUGCUGCCCUGGACAUUUUUAUGAUAUUUGCUUGUGUUUCAUUGAUGCAUACCACCUAAUUAUUUGAGUACUUUAAAACCCUGACUGGUAUGUUAGGGAGGAAAAAAAAAGUGGUAAGUCCAUAGAGAUAGAAAUUAAUGCUCAGACAAUAAUCAAAAACAUCUUACUAUUAAAGAUGUAUACAAAUUUUUAGAUAUCUCUGUCUUCUCUACCUACAAUGAAUGUUUGAAUUCAAAGUGCCUUAGUAUCAUGAGUAAGAAAAACGACAUGGUUUUUAACCAUUAGUUAACAGUAAUAGUUUUUGGUUAAUAUUCUUUUUUUGUAUUUGAAUAUCUUUAAUAAAACUGACACUUGUAACAAAUUGA